UGGCCUGCUGCCAGAGGGCACCCACCUGACCCUUAAAGAGAGAACAAGUUGGGUGGUGUCUCUGGCUGACACUCUGUGCACAACCCUCACAACGCUGCUCACGGUGGGAAGGGAAAGAUGACGAGCCAGGGGGCAUGAUCCCAGCAUGUGUGGGAGGAGCUUCUAAAUUAUCCAGUAGCACAAGCCCGUCAGUGGCCCCAUGCAUAAAUGUACACAGAAACAGGUGGGGUCAAGCAGGGAGAGAGAAGGGGCCAGGGCAUAAAAAGGGCCCACAAGAGACCAGCUCCAGGAUCCCAAGGCCCAACUCCCCAAACCACUCAGGGUCCUGUGGACAGCUCACCUAGCUGCAAUGGCUGCAGGCUCCCGGACGUCCCUGCUCCUGGCUUUUGCCCUGCUCUACCUGCCCUGGCUUCAAGAGGCUGGUGCCGUCCAAACCGUUCCCUUAUCCAAGCUCUUUGACCACGCUAUGCUCCAAGCCCAUCGUGCGCACCAGCUGGCCAUUGACACCUACCAGGAGUUUGAAGAAGCAUAUAUCCCAAAGGACCAGAAGCAUUCAUUUCUGCGUGACUCCCAGGCCUCCUUCUGCUUCUCAGACUCUAUUCCGACACCCUCCAACAUGGAGGAAACACAGCAGAAAUCCAACUCAGAGCUGCUCCGCAUCUCCCUGCUGCUCAUCGAGUCGUGGCUGGAGCCCGUGCGGUUCCUCAGGAGUAUCUUCACCAACGACCUGGUGUAUGACACCUCGGACAGCAAUGACUAUGACCUCCUAAAGGACCUAGAAGAAGGCAUCCAAACGCUGAUGGGGAGGCUGGAAGACGGCAGCCCCCAGACUCGGCAGACCCUCAAGCAGACCUACAGCAAGUUUGACACAAACUCGCACAACCAUGACACACUGCUCAAGAACUACGGGCUGCUCCACUGCUUCAGGAAGGACAUGGACAAGGUUGAGACAUUCCUGCGCAUGGUGCAAUGCCGCUCUGUGGAGGGCAGCUGUGGCUUCUAGGUGCCUGCGUGGCAUCCUGUGACCCCUCCCCAGUGCCUCUCCUGGCCCCGGGAGGUGCCACUCUAGUGCCCAGCAGCCUUGUCCUAAUAAAAUUAAGUUGCAUCAU